GACUGGUCAGACGUGUUUCGUCUCCCCCACCUCACACAGCUCCUCACUCCCAAGCACCAGCGAAGCAGUCGGGAAGUGGCGCUCCAACUUGUCCAUCAAACCACGAAACAAAGCGAAGAGGGCGAGACUGUUCCUCUGAAAAGGAUGGGAUUGUUUCUGUGGGACUCGAAGCAUUGAGCCGAACCCAACCUCACAAAAAGCAAUCUAGCAAUCCCAGAAACUCUCCUCGAACAACAAGCGGCAACUCUCCCAAACAAGAAACCAUGAUGUGGCGUUCCAAACUCGGAAAUGAUUUCGACAAGGCAAUGAUUGAACGAAGUGAGGCUCGAAACAAAGCUGAAAUCGAUAGACUGCGCCUUUUGCCGGAGAAUCGAUUCUGUGCGGAUUGCGGGAAACGAGGAACUGUCUGGGCGUCGGUCAAUAUCGGUGUCUUCUUGUGUUUGACCUGUGGAUCGCACCACAGAUCCAUAGGCACCCACAUCAGCAAGCCCAAAGGAUGCACGGGAACUUAUCUCUGGGGGCCUGAUGAGAUUGCACAAAUGCAAAACAUUGGGAACAAACGAGCUGCUCAGAUCUACGGUGCUGCCUCUGCGGAUGAACGACCCAGUCCCAAUGCAUCGGAUGCAACUUGGCGCAAAUUUCUAGUGGAAAAGUAUCAACAAAAGAAGUAUGCACCAAGACUUCAUCAAAAGGAGCCAGAAUUCGACUUCUUUUCUCAUCCGCAUCCACGUUCAGCAGGCGUCUCGUUUGGUGGAUUUAUGAAGGCACCACGACCAUUCCAAGACAAGGACGCAUUGGUCCUCGCUCAGGGGGAUCUAUUGUCCUUCCAUGAACCCAAUGCUUCUCGGGGGUCCAGUUGGGUGUCACUUCAGGAGUCGUCCUUCCCAAAGGCAACCGCGAAGGGACAACAAAGCCCAGAUUUCUUUGCCGAGUUCGGUUUGUGAAGGCACAGACUCUAGCCAAAGGGAGAAAGCACAAACCAUUACCCCUGCAUACCGUAUUGGCAAUAAGCACUAGCCAAACUAUACAAUACUAGCACCACCGUAGCACUACCGUAGCACUACCGUAGCACUACCGUAGCACUACCGUAGCACUACCGUAGCACUACCGUAGCACUA